AAUUAAGGAAGAGAUAAUAUAAAGAAAGAAUUGAUCAAAAGUGAUAACAAAUCAAAUAUAAAUACGAGCAUAAGUGUUAAACAUUCAGUUUGAACUGUAUCUUGCAAAGACACUCUUCGUACAAAAAACUUUUGUACAAAAACUCUUUCUGCAAAAUCUGAUGGUUUCUAACAAUAUGUCUACGAAAACUGGAGACUCAGAAGAUUCUUUGAAAAGUUCAAAUGAGUAUAGAUACGUGAUGAUAUUUAAGAGCAAAUUCGAGCGAGAAUUAUUUCCCAACAAUUUCAACAUGUGGACUGUACGACAACAGUACAUGUGGAUAAACGAUAACAUCGCCGCAUUCUUUCCGAACGUACCAAAGUCAUUAUUAGAUCUCAUUCCGGCCACUUUUCGCCCAGGGGAUUGCCAGUCAUCGAUGCAGAUACCUGAAUGGUUGGACAUGGAUAAAUAUCGCAGGGGGCAGAAAUUUGUGCGUGAAAAUUUUGCGGCACUUUUCAUUGCUAAAAUACUGGGCGUUAUACAUGUAUAUUCCUUCAAUGAAUUUAUAAAACCGAUAAUUAUAUCAAAGGGCUCCCAUACACCAUACUUAGGUUUUAAAAGGUAUACCUCGACCAUACAACGAUUCGUCAGUUGGUAUGAAGGUGAGCCUUGGAUUGAAGGAACGCCAGCUUAUAAAGACAUGCAAUUUACGCGAAAAAUGCAUUUAAUGAUACAAUCAAAGUUGGGCAAGCUUGAUCACGAGCAAAUCGACAACGAGUCCAAAAUCGCGGAGCCGUGGUGCCCGGAUCGUGAGUUGUUUUUACAGGAUUUUGCCGCGGCGUGUCCACUUGAGAAAGACGGACAAUUUCCUACCAUCGUGCUUGACAAGUCGCCAUACAAGCCGAAAGGUGUCAAUAACGCGGACAUGCAGCGCACUCGGGAUUUCUAUCAAUAUUGGCUAUUGCCUAAUCUUAGGAAAGUUACUCCCGAAUGGGAGCAUAUGACAAGAUGUUUCAUCGAAUCAUUGAAUUACUAUUCCUUGCUGUACAUGCCUUACAAAACGAUGGCAUUACUCGCUAUGGAUACGUUAGGUGUAAGCAUGCCGCAUUUGUAUGCGUCGAUGAGUUACGCGGAAUGGAUUGCUUAUAAAAGCUGGAGAUUUCUAUUGCGCUACGUUUUAAAAUUUUCAAGCUUCAGGGUAAUUUUUAAUAAAGUGGUACACAAGAUAUUCGAUGAAGCGAAGAAUAUCAGCCCAGAAAAAGAAGCAGAAUUUCAGAAAAAAUCGGAAAAGCAGUUAUCAAAUUUUUCUACCGUGCACUAUUAAAGUGCCGUUGUAUAUAAAGUUUGAAAAUGUAUAAUUUAAACACGCUUUCAGUUAAGUGCUUUUUGACGAAGUGAUUUGACAAAACGUACAAUUAAAUUGCAUUAAUAUCUACUAACAUCCGGGACAGAUAUAUUACAUUUAUUUUUCUUUUAGUAUUGUAUAUUGCAACUCUCAGUUAGAGUUUUCUCAGUUGUUUAUUAAAUUAUAUUUGUAUGCAAAAAGCUUCUAACAUAACUUUGCUCUAUAGAAUAACACUUUAUUUAUAAUUAUUUUAUUUAAAUUU